GUAUCCCCACGGAUUAGUAGAACUUUUGCCCUCGAACCUCGAACAUGAGAGCUCUGAAUUUAGUUGUAGCCUUGGCGACGCUGAUCGGUUGUGCAUAUGGUCUGAGUAUAACAGUGCCUGGCACAAAAUGGUGUGGACCUGGCAAUAUUGCAAAGAACUACACUGAUCUGGGAUCCGAAGUGGAAGUGGACAUGUGCUGUCGGUCGCACGACCACUGUGAGGAGAAGAUAUUGCCUGGGGAGCAACUAUACGGUCUGUCCAACAUAAGCCUAUUUCCCAUCUUCUCCUGCGGCUGCGAAACGGCUUUCCGGCAGUGUCUCAGUUCGUUGCACAACAUGGAGUCGGCUGCUUUGGGUCGUAUUUAUUUCAGCACAAAGAACAUUUGCUUUGCCUAUGGACCGCCCAUUCGGUCCUGUAAGGAGCGACAGUUGGAUCUCUUCAAGGAACGCUGCCUCAGCUACACAGAGGAUCUAUCGCAGCCAGCACGCUGGCAAUUCUAUGAUCUACCAUUAUACACACACCCAACCCAGGAAGACGACGUGUCGCCACAGCAGCCCAAUUGAAGGCGACACGUAAUUGCGCAAUAGGCUUUUAAGUUUUGUUAUUAUCUACACAUUAAAAAAAAGAAGAGCAUUACACCAAUAGCUUGAUAAGGGUAAAUAUUUCACGCGUUCUUCUAUUACAAUUUAAAUACAAUUUUUUAAAUCAAUGAAUCAAAUUUAUAGAAUUUGUAAAAUCUUUUUAUUUUUGAGAAUAAUAAAAUGUGUCAUCCAGAAUCGAAUAAUCGAA